AUGGGUGCAUGCGGGUGCGGGGAACGGCAGGUGGUGGUGUGUGCGAACCACGUGGGGGGGCAGGACGAGGUGGACGUGGUGGUGGCGCACGAGCUCGUGCACGCCCUCGACCACUGCCGCGCUGCCAACCUGCACUGGCCUGAUCUCCAACACCACGCCUGCAGCGAGAUCCGAGCGGCCAACCUGAGUGGGGCGUGCCACAUGCACCGCGAGUUCAACACGAGGGGGUCUGACUUUGUCUUCCGCAACGGCCACCCGCAGUGUGUGCGGCGCAAGGCGCAGCUGUCCGUCGCCAUGAACCCCUUCUGCUCCGAUGCUGGGCCCCCCUCUGCCGCUACCACUGCCGCCACCAUUGCCAACGGCAGCAGCGCCAAUGGAAGCGGCAGUGGCAGCGAGGCGUCUAGCAGCAGCAGUGCGGCGUGCAUGGCUCGGGCGCGGGCGGCAGUGGAUGCGGUGUGGGACGUGUGCUACCAGGACACCACUCCCUUCGACCGCAUCCCAUGA